GCAAGGCCCUCAGUCCUACGUCAAGAGUAAAGGGACACGGAUCAUCAUGGAUCCAGACAUCAUGGCGUUCUAUGAAGGUCUGAGCACCACCAUCGAUUUUCAAGCGAUUCCAGAACCCGAUUCGAGGUUUGAGGUCAAAAAUCUUAUUGGUGAGGGGACGUAUGGGGAGGUGUACAAGGCGGUGGACAUAACCAAUCAAAAGGUAGUGGCCAUCAAGAUAUUGGAUGACAUCGGAGAAAACAUGGAGGAGAUCGAGGAAGAAUUCAGGGUUCUCUCCACUCAUUGGAUUCAUCCAAAUAUCCCGCACUUCAUUGGGCUAUUCUUCAGACGAGGGGACACCCGAAUAGAAGACCAAAUCUGGAUUGCCAUGGAGCUCUGUGAUGGAGGAUCUGUGGCAGAUCUAGUGACCUUUCACCUUCAGUAUGGUUUACCAGGCUUGCAAGAGGAGGAAAUUGCUUACAUCAUGAAUGAGAUCAAUCAUUCUCUGGAUUACUUGCAUAAACACAACACACUUCAUCGGGAUGUCAAAGGGAGUAAUAUUCUCCUAAACAAAGAGGGAGAGGUCAAGCUCAUUGAUUACGGAGUAGCUUGUGAGUUGAGCACUCAAAGUGCCCGCCGUCACACUUCGGUUGGCACGCCAUACUGGAUGGCGCCAGAAGUGAUCUUGUGCGAUGGUCAGCAAAUGGAAUAUGACUCUCGAUGUGAUGUUUGGUCUUUAGGAAUAACGGCUAUUGAAUUGGCGGAGGGCAAGGCGCCAUUGUCUGACCUACAUCCUAUGAGGGCGUUGUUUCAAAUUCCCAGAAACCCGCCUCCUGCCCUGAAAGACGAGAUGGAAUGGUCGAAGGAGUUCAUUGACUUUGUUCAUGAAUGCCUUACAAAGGACUACGAGGAAAGACCGGUUAUGGCCGAAAUAGCCGAGCACCCCUUCCUUCUGAAUGUGUCGCAAAACCCAACCUACAUUCAAAAAUCCUUGGCUAGGAGGAUUAAAAUGAUGCAGGAAACGGAUUUCAAAGGCAAGGUCGUUGAGCCCACCACAAAGAACGGCAAACUGAAGGAAAAGCGGAAGGAAAAGAGCACCCUCAUGCUCCGUGAUGACCUGGCCAGCUUGGAGUAUAUCAGUGAAGACAUCAUCCUGGACAACCUACGCAGACAUUUCCAAAUGAAGCAGAUCUAUGUCUACAUCGGGGAGAUCCUGUUGGCCAUCAAUCCUUACCAGGACUUGGGGCUCUAUUCAUCGAGGGAAAUGUAUCGCUACCGGAACGUUUCCAAGUUCGAUAACCCACCUCAUGCGUUUGCUCUGGCCAACCACGCAUAUCAUGCCAUGAUCCACGAAAAGAAAAACCAAAGAUUCGUGAUCACCGGAGAAUCGGGCGCCGGAAAGACGGUGACCUCCAAUGUGGUGAUGAAGAUGCUAGUGUAUCUUGGAAGAGCACCUCAUCGGAACAUUGAGGACAAGAUUCUUCAAAUCAAUCCCAUCUUGGAGGCCUUUGGGAAUGCCAAAACGCUUUGGAACGACAAUUCAAGUCGGUUUGCCAAGAUCAUUGAUCUCAGCUUCUCAAAAAUGGGCAAAAUCACUGGAGCCAAGAUCUAAGUGUUUCUGUUGGAACAUUCCCGAGUCACCAUGGCGCUAGACAAUACAUUUCAUGUGUUCAAGUGUAUUCUCCAAGGCCUUCAAUCUGAGGGCAAAUUGGCCGAGUUUGUCAACGAGGACCGAAUUCAUCUGACGGCCUCUCAGAAAGGUCAAAAGACGUUAGAGGACUACGAGCAACUGAAGAUUGCUUUCAAAACACUGGGCUUCCGACAAACGGAUUUGGACAUGAUAUACAGCAUCUUAAUUGCCAUUCAUUUGUUGAAUAAGGUUGAGUUCCAAUCAAUGACUUCGGAGGGAAAUGUGGACGGAAGUGGAGUGGGCGACAUGGAUCUCAUGCAAGACAUUGCCAAUCUGCUAGGAGUGUCCGUCAGUGAGUUGAUUCAUGCUUUGAUCAACAGCCAUAUUGCCACUCGAGGAGAAAUGAUCAUGAAAAGCAACUCAAUUCGCGAGAGUCACGCCACUCGAAAUGCAUUGGCCAAGGGUCUCUACUCAAGGCUCUUUGAUUUCGUGGUUGCAAGCAUCAACAAGCUGUUGUCGUACAGUCUUCAAGUCUAUGGUGAGAGUUCUUCCAUCGGAAUCUUGGAUAUCUUUGGAUUUGAAAAUUUUGAGAAUAACUCCUUGGAACAAUUGUGCAUCAACACGGCGAAUGAGCAGAUGAACUACUAUUUCCAUCAGUUCAUCUUUUGUUGGGAGCGCGAGGAGCAUGUUAUGGAGGAUGUCCCUUUCCAUGACAUCCUGUCCAAUGAUAACCGGGAUACUUUGGACCUAGUCCUAUCUAGACCCAUUGGACUGUUAUCCCUUUUGGAUGAAGAAUCAAAGUUCCCCUCAUCCACUGACAAGACUUUGACUGCAAAGCUGCACGCAAACUUAUCCAAAUACAACUCGUUCAUUCGACCCAAAACAGACUCUGCUCAAGAGUUCACGAUCCGCCACUAUGCAUUCACGGUCACGUACGACCCGAAAGGCUUUAUUGAGAAGAACCGCAAUUUCUUGUCCCCAGAAAUCGUGGUACUCAUGCGCCGCUCGAAAUAUGAAACCAUUCAGAGCCUGUUCAGUUCUCCCAUUUCCAAACAUGGUCGCCUGGCCAAUCCAACAGACAUGGAGCCGGGGAGAACCAACCAAUCAUACUCCCAGUCCCGCGCCCAGCAAAGCAUUGCCACCUACUUCCGAUACUCACUGAUCGAUCUCUUGAGGAUCACUCUAAACGGAGCUCCUCAUUUCAUCCGAUGCUUCAAACCGAGUCGAAACAAGGAAUCGGCCUUUGAUGACGAGUACAUGUUGAACCAGCUUCGAUACACCGGGGUUCUAAAUAUUGUGAGUGCCCGUCAAGAGGGGUUCACCCAUAGGCUCCCGUUUCCAGAGUUCCUGAGGAGGUAUUGCUUCUUGGGAUUCAGUUUUGAUGAAAGGGUGUUGGCCACCAAAGAAAACUGUCAGCUGUUAUUGCUGCGUUUACGAAUGGACGGCUAUGCUCUUGGGAAGACCAAGGUGUUCUUGAAGUACUACCAUAUUGAGUACCUCUCGAAGCAGUACGAGACUCAGAUCAGAAAAAUCGUCCGUGUUCAGGCGGUGGUCCGGCGGUGGUUGGCCUCCUUACGUUGCCAGCGGGAAAAAUGGAAUGUGGCGCGGAGCAUUUUCCUCAUGAAAAUAUUUGCCACCCGUUGGAAGAUUCGGACCAAAAAGCAAGGGGUUUUGAAGAAAAGCGCAAUUCGGAGGCAAUCUGAUGCCAAGAUUCCACCUCUGGGAUCUCCUACAGCAGAAAUCCACCUCAAGCGAGUGCGAUCCAAAUCCACGGCAGCAGUCGAGAUCCAACGCCAUAUCCGCGGCUACAUUGCCAGAAAGAAAAUAGGGUUGUUGCUGGCCAGAAAAGUGGAGUUGGCGGUGGGGGCCAAUGAUGCCGGGGAAAUCCAGAAGGUGAACCAAGAGCUUCAAGAGGAGGGUUUGACGCCAGACGAAGCCGCACGUCUCAUUCAGUCUGUUUUCAAGAAAUUACGGAACAAGCGGCGCCAACAAAGUUUGGAGGACGAGGGUGACGAGAUCGAGUUGGGCGGAGAGGCCAGUUCUGGCUUUUUCGGAACGGAAAUGAGGAAAUGGUCCAAUCCGGAAGUGCAGUCUUGUUUCAGCGAGCUGAUGCAAAUGGUCCAUAUAAGUAAUGUUGAGAUGCAUAAGUUUUUGAAGAGGAACAAGAACCCAGUCGACAUUGCUGACAUCAAAAAGACCACAGGAGACCGAUUGCUGUCAAUCGCCAUACCGCUUGACAACGAGGAAGAGGUCUCGUACCCUCACUUGAAGGAUCCCGACAUGCUUAGUCCGAUUGUGAAGCCCAAGGCAUAUUCCACCUCUUGUUUUUAUACGGAUUCUGGUCCCAGGGAGGAUUGGGAUAUGCCUCUGAAGAAGCAUGCUAAGCAGAUCUACAAAUCCAUGGAGCUCCGCUCCAAACAUGCCUCUCUCUCCAAACCCCAAGUUCUGAAUCCCAUCCAGUCCAUGGUGAUGGAGAACCAGUCCCGCAACCUGAUCAACGAGGUUCAGGCCAAGAUGGCUCCCAACUAUCACGCCAGUAAGGACCCGUCUCCCCAGCCCUCCCGCUCGCCUUCCCAAGCCUCAGGCAAGUUCAGCCCUCCCCGAGCUAAUCUGACCCCUUCCCCUCGGGCAGCUCCCAAACGGGCCAACUUUAUCCAGGACUUGAAGGCCCUUCAACGGAAAGGGAAUGGCAAUGGCAACGAUGACGAGGAAGAGGAACAGCCCAACGGUACCUUUGACUUCCGGACGAUUUUGAGGAAGACCGAAUUUGCGCCCACUGCUUCCCUUCGCCUAAGAAAGGGCUUGAGCCCUGGACGGCGACCUCCCAUCCCCAAACUGACCCCCGCGCCACCGCCAGAUGAGCCCCAGAAUCAAACCUCCCCGUCAACACCGGCUGUUGUUUUUAAUGACACGGUUGUGGACUUGUAAUCACGGUGGACGGCGCUUGGUCCAAGUAAAUGUCAAAAAACACACUCCAAGAGGCAGAUAACGAUUUCAUUUCCGUGUAUUAUUGGACAAAGAAUAUCGAAUAUAAUGGUACUGAUGGUUCUCUU